AUGCCAGCAAAAGCAUGACGUCACCACUUGCAUCCUUGGCCCAGAUCAUUAAUUCCAACACUCAACAUGGAAAUGAACUAUUUCCAUCAAAAGAUCUAAAACCUACCUCUCUUAUUCCAUUCUGACAAACAGGAAAAAAAAUCCUCUCUUAUUCCAUAUGGAGAAAGCUUCACACCUAGUCGUCAUCCCAUCCGGCCGCAUCGGCCAUCUCGUCUCCGCCGUCGAGAUUUCGAAGCUCCUUGUUUCCCGCCACGACCAACUUUUCAUCACCGUCCUCAUCAUGAAGCUACCCUUCGACUCCAAGGGCACAGAGGCCUACAGAGCCUCCCUCGAAGCCUCUCCCGUAUUGCCACGUGUCAACUUCAUCACCCUCCCAAAAGUCCCAGACCUAGACAAGCACCUCAGCUCCCACUCCUUCCGCAACCAAUUCGUCGAAAGCCACAAAACCCACGUCAAAAACGCGGUCGCCGAACUCACCGAGUCACAGUCCGAUUCGAGGCCUCGGCUUGCUGGGUUCGUCAUCGACAUGUUUUGCACAACAAUGAUCGAUGUGGCGGAUGAUUUUGGGAUUCCUACGUACAUGUUCUUCACUUCACCUGCUGGGUUUCUCGGGCUGCUGUUUAACCUACAAAGAAUUCGCCAUGUGUAUGGCAAGGACGUCAGUGAGUUCAAAGACUCGGACACUGAGUUGUCCCUGCCCACUUUUGUCAACUCGGUUCCCGGCAGAGUCUUGCCUAGUGCGGUUCUCGACAAAGAGGGCGCGGAGACCUUUCUAAGCUAUGCCAAACGGUUUACAGAAACCAAGGGCAUUUUGGUAAAUACAUUCAAGGAGCUAGAACCACAUGCUCUUGAUUCUCUUUCUGAUGGUGAAAACCCGCCUUUGUAUCCUGUGGGUCCCAUGUUGAAUCUGAUGAGUGAUGAGACCCAAUCGGGUUCGGAGCAGGCCCAACGGAAGUCUGAUAUAUUGGAGUGGCUAGAUGAUCAGCCUCCUUCGUCCGUGGUGUUCCUGUGCUUUGGGAGCAUGGGAAGCUUUGACGAGGACCAGGUGAGGGAGAUAGCGUUGGGGCUGGAGCGGAGUGGGCUCCGGUUCUUGUGGUCUCUACGCCAGCCCCCACCAAAGGGGACCGUUGUGUCCCCUGGUGACUACUCGGAUCUCACGUGGGUCUUGCCCGUAGGGUUCCUCGAUCGAACCGCUGCGAUGGGAAAGGUCAUAGGGUGGGCUCCGCAGGUGGCCAUCUUGGCGCACCCGGCAGUAGGAGGGUUCGUAUCCCACUGCGGGUGGAAUUCCACGCUUGAGAGCCUGUGGUUCGGGGUGCCGAUGGCCGCGUGGCCGGUGUACGCGGAGCAACAAUUAAAUGCCUUUGAAUUGGUAAGGGAGUUGGGUUUGGCAGUGGCAAUUAAGAUGGAUUAUAGGAGAGACACCCAAGUGGUGGUGAGUGCAGAGGAGAUAGAGAGAGGUAUAAGGGAGGUGAUGGUGCAGGAUAGUGAUUUAAGGAAGAGGGUGAAAGAGAUGAGUGAGAAGAGCAAGAAAGCAUUGAUGGAAGGUGGCUCCUCACACUCUUCAUUGGGACAUUUUCUUGAUCAGAUUUUCCUUUGAUAUAUUAGGAAAGUCCUAGAAAAAUAAGAAAUUCCUACUGUUUUUGUUUCUAUCAUGAGUAGAUGAAUUUAAUAAAGUUCUUGAUUCUAAUAA